CCGCCAAUAGAAACAGCUCCUUCACUGACGAGGGUCUUCGUAUCUUGAACUCUCGUCCGUCCAUUCUGCAUCGAGAUUCGUGCGUAUCUGCGUUGAGAUUCGUUCUCUUGGCAUGGACGUUGCCAUUGUCCAUAGCUCGGCUUCUCAGACACCGUUCGCCGGACUCUCCGCCGCUCGAUCGCCGUCGAUCCGCCGCCCCUUCCCGUUCUCCUUCUCCUCCUCACUCUGCACCAGGUGCUCGGCCGUUGUCAAGCCUCAGCGCGCCGUCGGCACGAAGAUCGUCGUCCCAUCCGAUGCUGCCGUAGACCCCAAGAUCACAGUUAAGAAGCAACGGAGACCUAGACCGAAGGCGGUCGCUUCGUCGGGAUCCUGUGCCGUGGAACCGGACUACAACGAGGUCGCCGCCGCGCUUGAGAAUAUCUACAAGCUUAGCCCAGUGGAGGUCUCCGAUGUGGAGGAUUUCAAUGGGGAGUUCCCCAGAAGGCGCAUUUCGAAGGGGAAAGAAUCUAGGGUUGUGGUCAGGAAUAGGAAGAGGGGCGUUAGGAGGUUGAGCCUUGAGAAGCGGGUGGAGAUGAGAAAGAGGGGGAAGGAGCGUGAUGAGGAGGAUGUGAAGAAGCUAAUCAGGGAGUACUCGGUUUCUGUGGAUUUGGUGAGCUUGGAUUGGAAGAAGAUGAAGAUCCCUCCGGUUCUCAAAUCCGCAGAGCAAUCCAAGCUUUUCAAGCUGAUGCAGCCCAUGAAGGCAAUCAAUCAAGUGAAGGCUGCUUUGCAUAAGGAGCUAAACAGAUAUCCCACAGAUGCUGCAUUGGCUGCUGCAGUGAAUAUGACUGUGACACAAAUGAGGGGGCAUUUAGAGGUUGGCCAAGCAGCAAGAAACAAGCUAAUCAAGCACAACCUACGGCUAGUUUUGUUUGUCAUCAACAAGCAUUAUCAAGAACUUGCUACUGGGACAAAGUUCCAGGACCUUUGCCAAGCAGGUGUGAAGGGUCUGGUCACAGCCAUUGACCGCUUUGAACCAAAACGUGGUUUUCGCUUAUCUACAUAUGGUCUAUUCUGGAUCCGACAUUCUAUACUUCGGUCGCUCACACAAUCAAGCUUCACUCGUGUUCCCUUUGGCAUUGAAUCGGUCAGACAAGAGAUCCAGAAAGCCAAGUUAGAGCUGACAUUAGAGCUCCAGAGAUCACCAACAGAUGAAGAGAUCAUUGCCAGAGCAGGAAUCACUCCUGAAAGGUAUCAUGAUGUAAUGAAGGCCUCCAAACCAGUUCUUUCACUCAAUGCGAAACAUCUUACUACACAAGAAGAGUUCAUUAAUGGGAUUACUGACAUUGAUGGCGCGGGAGGUGAUGACCGAAGACAACCUGCACUCCUCCGCCUUGCUCUUGAUGAUGUGCUGGACUCACUGAGACCGAAAGAAAGCCUGGUGAUCAGACAGAGGUUCGGCCUUGAUGGAAAAGGGGAUCGAACUCUAGGAGAGAUUGCUGGCAACCUCAGCAUCUCAAGGGAGAUGGUUAGAAAGCAUGAAAUGAAGGCAUUGAUGAAGCUUAAACACCCGGCUCGUGUUGACUAUCUCCGACAAUACAUCGUCUGACUUCUCCCUUAGAUUGUAUAACCUGUAUAUAUCUAUAUAUACACACAGCAUACUGCUGCAUUGCACACUAUUAGCUCAGUACAUUUCAUCCAAACAUGAAGUUCUGUAUCAUAGCUUGAAGUGAUACCAAUUUAUUAUAUACACUUGAGAUAUCAAUCCAAUAUCAAAUGAGUGAGUUUGCUGAAGCUGUGUCUCUGUAAUUACUUGUAUACAUAAAGAGUUAUCAAAAUCAAAGAGUCAGUCAAGCAGUUCAAUCUCCCUGUAAAAAUUGUUUGUUCUUUUUGCUUGGAAGUAGAAGAGAGAAUUAUUUA